UACUUUUAUGUUGAACAUUUCAUAUGAAUCAUUUGAAUAGGGUUUGAAAAUACUGUCUUAAUGUUUCUCUACACACCAACGUUUGUCCUCCUUUCUCUUUGCCCGUCCUGACUACACGUCCCGUGAUGCAGUUCGGCGCGCGUUCAGAUAUUUUACAUACGGGAUCAGCUGAGCUCGCGCUUCGCUCCUACGAGCUGCCAGCGGCUCUGGAUCGGAGCGGCUCGGGUCGGCUCGCCGUCCGUCUGUCUGUCUGUCGUCGGGCUUGGACAUCAUUUUAAACCCCUUUCAGCACCUGGAAGGGAACAUUUUUCAAACUAAAUCUGGAAGAAUGUGACACACAAUUGGAUUUCUCCUUGUUUACACCUCCGUUAGCGCUUACGUUUCUUCCGAUGGAGCGGAUGAUUUGGAGAGAGUUUGUCCGGUAAUUGGGUCCAUCGGCUCGGUUCGGAGUUCACCUGGACUGCAGGAGGAACCUUAAGUGGUUCGGGGAGACCUUUAACCCCUCUCCGGUGAGAGGGUGAUACUAUGUCCAGACGAAAACAGACCAACCCCUUCAAAGUUGACUGGCCAUUUCACACUUUGGGCUUAUCGGGACUCCAGCACACCAUUAACAUGGACGGCAGGGACGAAUUCACCGAGGACGGCGAAUGCUGCAACAACAACUCGCAGGAAGUCCAAGGACAGGAUAGCCUUACAGAAGACAGCGAUAGCGACCCUGACAACCACGGCGAAGACUCGUCCUCCAACGCCUCUGCUGACGACCACAUGACUGCCAACAGAGCGCAGUGCCGCCUUCAAGGAGCGGGCGUCAAAGUGGAGAGUGACGAGGGGGCUGACCACAGCAACAACUUUGUCUGUCCUCUGUGCACGCUGGAUUUCAGCAGCCCUGAGAGACUCAUUUCACAUGUCUACCAGCAUACAAGCAUGAUGAGCAACACCAAGAGCUACGUGUGCCCAGUGUGUGGGCGAGCCCUGAGUUCUCCUGGCUCGCUUGGACGGCAUCUUCUCAUCCACUCUGAGGACCGCCUCUCCAACUGCGCCGUCUGUGGCGCACGCUUCACAGACACCAACAACUUUAACAGGGAAAAGCUAAAGGACGUCCUCGACACAAGCAGGUUGGACAUCACUGGCGGACAGGACUCCUGCUCCAUGUCCCAGUCCCUCUCCAGCAGCCCUAUGAGCAGCCCGGGCUCCAGCACGCAUUCCUGCCACGGAGCGGGUCCCAGUCCCAGUUCCUGUCAGGGCCCGCCUCCCUGCCAGGCUCCCGAUCCGACAUCCACCCUCUGCCAGGCCCAUCGCUCCUGCCAGGCCUCCAGCCACAUCCCAACCCAGUGUCAAGGACCACGACCGUGCCACGCGCUAAGCCCAGGUUGUGGGCCGUGCUCGGGGCCCGAUCAGGGGCCCGCCUUUCCUUCGCUGCCCGACGGGCUCCUGUCCGAAGGUCCGUCGCUCGCGUCCAUCCCCGACGCCCUCAACUCCUCCUCUUCGGCCCUACCUCCCAUUCCCGACAUCAUGAGCCCGAUGCCCGUCUACCCCGCCGGAGUCCUGCUGGUGUGCAACAGCUGCGUGGCCUACCAGCAGUUGGUGGAGGCGCAGUCUCCGAUGCGCAAGUGGGCCCUGCGUCGCAAGAACGAGCCCCUGGAGGCUCGCCUGCAGCGUCUGGAGCGCGAACGCACCGCCAAGAAGAACAAGCGCGCCUGCGAGACGGACGAGGAGAGGGAGCUGAGGCGGCUGCGGGACCGCGAGGCCAAGCGCAUGCAGAGGAUGCAGGAGACGGAGGAGCAGAGGGCGCGGCGGCUGCAGAGAGACCGGGAGGCCAUGCGGCUAAAGAGGGCCAACGAGACUCCAGAGAAGAGGCAGGCCCGGCUGAUCCGCGAGAGGGAGGCCAAGCGGAUCAAGCGGCGGCUGGAAAAGAUUGACCCCGCCCUCAGGACACAGAUCGAGCACGAUCCCGCCGCGAUGGCCGCUCUCACAGCGGACAUGAGUCUCUUUCAGUUCCCCUGUCCCAUGCCGGUUCCUUCCAUAGAUAACGGUCUCUUCAUGAAGCUGCCAUGAUCCCUGGGGAUCCUAUACCCCCCCUCCCAGCCUGUGCCGUCAGGUUCCCAUUACCACAGCGAACCAUUCCUGUCCCCCAUUCCCAGAAUUCCUCUGUACUCAUGCAAACUUCUUCAAUUUCUAAUUUAUUACAGUCUAUAAAAACCUUGGAAACAGGGUUGAGAAUGUUUCUUAUUCUAAGAGCAUGCUGUAAAGAGAUUUAUCUGUGUUUCGGUGGACUCUCAGAGGUAACAGUACAUUCUGGUGGGAGCAGUUUAUUCUUGCUUCAACUGAAAAACAAACAAAAAAUCAUUUGCACAUGGAUCCUCAGUGAGGGGAGUGUGGACCCCGUAGCUGCAGACCCUCCCUCCCUGGUCCUCCCAGCCCAGUAACUCAGACUCCGGUAGCUGCACCUCUCUCUGUUUUCUAGCUGCUGCCGUGGAACAUUCAUGUCCAAACUACUACCUCAUCCGGCGCCGUGGACGGUCGCUCUCUGUCCUGUGGCUUACCAGCUCCCAGCUUCCAAAGCUACACACACACACACUAUACAAUAAUACAGAAGACGCAGGUCGUUUCCCCACACUUUUAAGUUUUGAUAUUCCUCUUUAUGGCACUUUUAAUAGGACACAUGCAUUCGUUUGUGAAUGUUUGUCCCUAUUGAGCAUGCCCGGUGUUGAAAAGCAUUCCCGUUGUCAUUAUCUUAAUUUUUCAACUUUUUUUUUUUUAAACACUGUGUGUAAUUUAUUGUUUUUUAAAAACUUGGUCUCUGCUGCUGUUAUUGUACUGUACAUUACAUUAUUUACCUCUUAUAUAUUUUGGUCUCAUUACAUGGAAAAAAAACCCCAACAUGUUACCUGUUGACCUCAGAUUUUGUUGCAUUACUUGAAUUCUGUCUAUGAAGAUGCGUUUGCGUUUUAUGCUAAUUGGUAAACAUGCCAUUGUUGUACAGAAAGUUAUGCUUGAUUUUAACCUGCUUUGUGCAAUUUCUGUAGCAUUUCACAUUCGUUGUGAGUCUGCAGUAUUUUAUGUUAUUAUUACCACUUAAAUAUUUUUUUUACAUAUAUAUCCACAAGUCUGGAGAGAGAAAAAAAAAAGUCAUGUUAAGAGGUGAGAAUCAUUUACAGGUCUAUCUAAAUAAAAUGUCGUUUGAAUGUUAAUUUAUCUCAGUUAUCUAAUUCAAGAAUUGGAUUCAUAACAGAUGGAUUUUUUUUUCUCCCACAUUUUUUCCUUCCACUCAAUUUUCCAUGAUUGUGCUAGAAUACUGCUACAAUCUUUUGUGUCUCAGUUAUCCAAAUUAAUUUAAAUAAAUUCUUGAUAUAACUCAUUCUUAAAUUCUUGACAUAAAUGAAUUGUUCAAUAACAAGCUUAUUGAGAUAUACCUGUAUGAUGCAGUCCACCCCUUUGUUAGCACUGAGGCUUGUUCAUUUCCAGGAUGUGUUUUUAUAUUACUGAUCCUCAUUCCAGCACAUAUUUAUGCAACAUGAUACUUUUGUUUUCCUGUAAAGGUGUUUUGCCGUAUUUUGCUGGUAUAAUCUGUUUCAUAUUUCACAUGGCCGUUGUUUACAGCUGUACGGUUACCUCCACUCCUCCUGAUUUCUCCAGAUGCAAAACCUUUCAUCGCCAAACGAGCAGUUUCAGUCUCUCCAAGUAGUGUUUCUGUUUGAGUCCCUCCUAGGAGAGCGACGUCCCGCCUGAAGAAAGCUUGAGAUGCGGAUCUGGGUCGGGACUUUUUGGCUUUCCUAGGAGUGCAUCAAACCUCUAUGCAACAGAUUUAUUGUUUGUGAAGGACAAAAAAAAAAAAAAAAAAAAAAACGAUUUCACUUUUCAAAGAAACUAUGCAGAACGCAACUUCAAAAUGUUUCAACCGAAAUUCAGAAUCUGAAGCUCCGCUUUCUCAGGCAGUUCAACUCAGUGAGAGGGCUCAAAGCCCAGAACGUCAAGAUGGAUUCACAAACUGAUCGCAUCACGUUUGGGGAAGAAUACGUUACAUCGUUUUUUUGUUUGUUUGUUUUUGUUUUUGUUUUUCAAAGUUCAGCGCAUUACAGCAACAAGAUCUCACUGCCAUCCCGUAGUGGCGUUGUCUGCUGAAAGCGAAGGCUUCAGGUUUGGUACCCUAUGAAUGCUGGGUAUUCUCAAGAGGCGACGCCGUCGGUCUGCUGUGAACCAGCGGCAGGACGAAAGUUCGCUCACUUUGGGUUAGGUUAACACUGCAUGUCCCUGAAACUGCACUAGUACUAGAGUUGUUCAGUAUGAGCCUGUGUUCUGUUAGUUUAUGCCUGCUUUUUUUUUAAUAAAUUUUUUUUAAACGGUUUAAUUAAAAAAAAUUAAAAUGUUGGCCUUUUGAUAUUAAUGCUAUCAGGAUUUUUCUCUCAAUGUCCAUGUUUACAAAAUCUGUAUCUCUGAAAAAGGCCAAAUGAAUGAGCUAAACUGCAACGACAUGCCUGGUUGUCAGAUCCAUGUAUUCUGAUUGGAUGGCCCUUCAGGGACACCGUCCUCUCUGUUACUGACUCAAAAGAUGUACAGACCAUGAUGAAACCUGGUAAAGAAUGUGGAAAUAAACAUCACGUUUAAUAUGAA